AGCAUUGUCAGUGACGGAGUUGCAGAGGUGAGAAGGAAAGAAAGAAAAAAUGGCAAUCACACUGAACAGCGGAUUCAAGAUGCCAAUCAUUGGACUUGGAGUUUGGCGCAUGGAAGGACAAGCAAUCAAAGACUUAAUUAUCAAUUCCAUAAAAAUCGGUUAUCGUCAUUUUGAUUGUGCUGCUGACUACAAGAACGAAGCAGAAGUUGGAGAAGCACUUAAAGAAGCUUUUGACACUGGACUUGUGAAGAGGGAGGAUCUUUUCAUUACCACCAAGCUUUGGAAUUCUGAUCAUGGACAUGUUGUUGAGGCUUGCAAAGAUAGUCUUAAGAAGCUUCAGUUAGAUUAUCUGGAUUUAUAUCUUGUUCACUUUCCUGUAGCCACUAGGCACACUGGGGUUGGUACUACUGAUAGUGCUUUGGGUGAAGAUGGGGUGCUGGACAUAGAUACAACCAUAUCCCUGGAAACUACCUGGCAUGCGAUGGAAGGCCUUGUUUCAUCGGGCUUGGUUCGCAGCAUAGGAAUCAGCAACUAUGACAUCUUUCUGACUAGAGAUUGCUUAGCAUAUUCCAAGAUAAAGCCUGCUGUAAAUCAGAUUGAAACUCAUCCAUACUUCCAGCGUGAGUCUCUAGUCAAAUUUUGUCAGAAGCAUGGAAUUUGUGUAACAGCCCACACUCCACUUGGAGGUGCUGCAGCAAACAAAGAAUGGUUUGGUACAGAGUCAUGUUUGGAUGAGCAAAUUCUCAAAGGUCUAGCUGAAAAAUACAAAAAGACUGCUGCCCAGAUUUCUCUUCGCUGGGGGAUUCAAAGGAACACUGUUGUCAUUCCUAAAACAUCAAAACUGGAGAGAUUGAAAGAGAACUUCCAGGUAUUUGAUUUUGAGUUGUCUAAAGAGGACAUGGAGCUCAUCAGCAGUAUGGACAGGGAAUAUAGAACUAAUCAACCGGCCAAGUUUUGGGGCAUAGAUCUUUAUGCAUGAGAAUGCCCUUCCUUUCUAAACAUGUAUCAUGGUCAUCCAAAUAUGCUAGAAAACAUCAUGACCUUUCAACUUUGAGACUUGUAUUGACAUUUUGAUUUGGCAUAUGCUAAACUUUUGGGCCAUCCAUUGUAGCUCAUUUGAGUAGAUAUUAUGAACUAUGCUGGUAACGAUAGUAAAAUUAUCUACCCGCUGUUAUCAAAUCUUGUGGACCAAAUGAGGGAGAAUCCAGAAUAUUUUGUUGCUUAA